ACAUCUUGUGUUAAACCAAUAAAUAUACCAUUAGGAAUCUAUUUAGUGAUUAAUCAGCAGACUUGAAGUGGCUAUGGAUGGCCGACAGAUGUCGGCAGCCGGUUGUGACGAUGCUGACGAAUUUAUCAACGAAUAUGAAGCUGAAUGUCAAUGUGAAUUCAUUGACCCGAGAUUCCUAGCAACAACUGCACUUGAUAGUAAUCAUGCCGCCCUAGACUAUUUCUAUCAGAGCCCAUUUUAUCAAAAGUAUCGGGAAGGCUCUCUAAAUGAACUUAUGAGAGCGGGAACUGAAGUAGAUAGCCAACAAGUGGGACUCAUCUUCCAAGUGACUUACAGUAACCUGAAUGACGUUAACGAGGCAUUAGCGAAUCUACCACCCCUGGAUGAACCAGCGAGAAUACAGCAUUACUGCAAUUCAACCCUGUUUCAUAUAACACUCUUUUCCAGAAAUCUGGGACAAAAUGGACUUACAACAACCCCAAUUAAGGUGUAUUAUAUAAUACAAGGAUCCAUAUUCUUGUGCCCACCUUUCGGUUCAUUACUCAGACACCGCUUACAUGAAUCAAUACAACAUUUUGAAAAUUUCUAUGACACAUUGAACGACAUCGUCAAAUGGUCAUCAUCACAUGGUUAUGUAUGGGAACCAAAAAAGAAAAUACUGGAUCCACAAAUUGAAAUGCUGUGCAAUAAGUACAACUUUAAAGAAAAUGAGGACGAAAACUUUAUCAAGGACGGUAACAUGCAUAUAUUCUACCUAAAACCACACGAGUCAGCAGCAAUGCGCAUCUCCCAGCAUGAAAUCAAAGUUUUGUCCAAGAAGCUUGCAGAAUUGCAAGAAUUAACAAUGGAAAAUACUGUGAGCAUCGGAACGCCUAGAUCACAGGAAUCUAAUGAAACACAAACCUCAUUGACACUGUAAAU